UAAUUAAUUAACAGGGAAGGAGCCAAACAGGACGCAGCUGUUUCUCUGUCUUUGGUGGAAAUGGAUGAUGAUUAAAAACAAAAUCUUUUUCUCGUUCAUUGUCGUGGGCCACAUUACAGACCUUCCCCUACAUGUCAAGCUUCAACCAUUUCUAUACUUUCCCUCUUCCUCCUCCUUCUUCUUCUUCAAUAUCCAACAAACAAAAAAAGAUUGUUUCUUUCUUCUCUCUCUCUCUCUCUUUACAGCCAGCGACGGAUCGUGCCAAGGAGAAAAUGAAAGGUGGAAAGCUAACAAAGCUCAAGUCAGCAUUGAAGAAUUGGCCAUCUUUCACCACCAGGAACUCCAACGAACAAAGGAGGAUCCGUAAUUCUUCCGACGCCGGCGUAACCCUCUCCGUCCCCGACAAUGACGAACCCCUAGUUCCUUCCGCCGAUGAAAAGCUUCAAGCAGUCUACGUUGGUAGGUGUCGCCGACAGUAUUUCGUCACAUCCGAGGUAAUCAACCACCCUCUGUUCCAAGUUCUUGUCGAUAAAUCGGAAUUAGGCUCCGGUGGUUCCGGUGAAGGUGGGAUCAUAGUGGCAUGUGAGGUGGUGAUGUUUGACCAUCUUCUUUGGAUGCUUGAGAAUACUGAUUCAUCCACGCAAUUGGAUCCAAACUCCAUGGAUGAGUUAGUCGAAUUCUACAGUUUCUAAGCUUCUCUGUUUCUUUUCAUCAAUCGAAAUUCUAAGUUGUAUAUAAAAUGUUGCUUCUGAUCAUUUGGGUUUUUGUUAAUUUUGAUGAUUUUUUUUUUGUGUGAAAAUUAUCAGCUUCAUUGAUAAUAUUGUUUUGAAAGGUUGGAGGCGUGUGAAUUAAUUAAGAUUAUUGUUUUAAUUAAUUAUAACUAAUGAAGAUGAUGAGUUGUUUGUCCUUCUUUUGAAAUUAAAUUAUAUCAUCAU